CCUCUCCUCUUUACCUCCUCCUCGUCUUCUUCUUUUCCUCGGUCCUUGGCGCGCGCCCCGGUGGCGGUAGCGCGCACCCCUCUGCGGCACGUUGCAAGCGCUCAGCUCGGUUCGUAUUUUUUUAUUGUAGGCUGUUAUUUUCUUCCUCCAUCACUCUUAUUUUCCAGCCCUCCCCACCCUGUUUACCGCAUUUGGAGCGAUGUGCGUCCCUGCAUUUUUCUCUAUUUUGAUUGCUCACUUCCAGCGGGGUUUUCCUUCGUUUUCUUUUUGUCUUUCUCUUUGUCACCUGUCCAGUCGUAGCUUUUACGUGUUUGUUUGUUCGUAGGCCUUGGGCUAUUUUUAGAAAACUCAUUGUGUUUUUUCUCCUGUCCCUCUUUGUUGUACCAUUCGUCUUUCGCACUCAUCACCCGCGUUUUGUACCAAUUCCCCUUUCUCUAUGUAUCAUGUAAAGACGUGUUCGGUUCGCUUCGUCCUUUUCCGCCCGUUUCCGCUCGUUUCCUCCCUUUUUCCUCUCUCUCCUGUCCUUUCUCGUCCCCGUUAUAUUUCUAAUGAUGGUCCAAAAGUCGCGGAACGGCGGCGUGUUUCCCGCAUCACAGAACGACCAGAAGAAGCUCAAAGUGGGGUUCGUGGGCCUGGAGGGGGCCGUGGCGGAGACGAGCAGGGACGGGGCCCUCCUCAUCACAGGUGUGGAGGAGGGCCCCCGGCGACAGCGUACCAGUGUGUCAGGAGGGAAGAAGCCAGUUAAACGUAACGCCAUCUACAGGCGUCUGCAGAACUUUCUCUACAAUGUUUUAGAGCGCCCUCGAGGAUGGGCCUUCAUCUAUCAUGCAUAUGUGUUUCUGCUGGUCUUUUCCUGUCUUGUUCUGUCAGUCUUCUCUACCAUCAAAGAAUAUGAGAAGAGUUCAGAGGAUGCUCUAUACAUCCUGGAAGUGGUGACCAUCGUGGUGUUCGGAGUGGAGUACAUGGUGAGGAUCUGGGCCGCUGGAUGCUGCUGUCGGUACAGAGGGUGGAGAGGUCGCCUGAAGUUUGCCAGAAAACCCUUCUGUGUCAUUGACAUCAUGGUCCUGAUAGCUUCUGUGUCAGUGCUGGCGGCAGGGACCCAGGGGAAUGUCUUUGCCACAUCAGCCAUUCGCUCGCUCCGAUUCCUCCAGAUCCUGAGGAUGAUCAGAAUGGACCGGCGCGGAGGCACAUGGAAACUUCUGGGCUCAGUGGUCUAUGCUCACAGCAAGGAGCUGAUUACUGCAUGGUACAUCGGCUUCUUGUGUCUGAUCCUAGCUAGUUUCCUGGUUUACUUGGCCGAGAAGGAGGACAACGAGCAGUUUGAGACAUAUGCUGAUGCUCUGUGGUGGGGACUGAUCACCCUGACAACUAUCGGCUAUGGUGACAAAUUCCCUAUCACGUGGAACGGCCGUCUGCUGGCUGCCACCUUCACUUUGAUUGGAGUGUCUUUCUUUGCCCUGCCUGCUGGCAUUCUUGGCUCUGGUUUUGCCCUGAAAGUCCAGGAGCAGCAUCGACAGAAGCACUUUGAGAAACGUAGGAAUCCGGCUGCUGGAUUAAUACAGGCAGCGUGGAGGGUUUAUGCCACCAACCUGACUCGAACUGAUCUUAACUCCACUUGGGACUACUACGAAAGAACCACUGUCCCUAUGUACAGGUUGAUUCCUCCCUUGAACCAACUGGAUCUACUAAGAAACCUGAAGAACAAGUCUGGUCUUUCUUUCAGGAAGGACGUCCAGCCUGAGCCGUCUCCCAGUCAGAAAGUGAGUUUAAAGGAGAGAGUCUUCUCCUCACCUCGAAGCUCUGGGACCAAAGGCAAAGGCUCUCCUCAACAUGUCCUGCCCACAGUGGGUCCAGGCGUGGGUCCUGAUGGCCAUGCGGUCUGCCCUGUUCUGGAUCCAAACCUAGAUGACAGUCCUAGUAAAGUCCCUAAGAGCUGGAGCUUUGGGGAGCGCAGCCGGACCCGGCAGGCCUUCAGAAUCCGGGGGGCGGCAUCCAGGCAGAACUCAGAAGUGCUCAUAGAGAUGCAGGAUGAAGAGUUCAGACAGAAGAGCUCGCCAGAGGCCAGUCUGCCAGGGGAGGACAUGGCGGAUGAUAAUAAAAGCUGUCACUGUGAGUUUGUCCCUCAAGACCUGACUCCGGGGUUAAAGGCCACUAUCAGAGCCAUUUGGUACAGUUGGUACUCUUUUUCUUGUUUUGCACUCAACAGCAUCAUAUGCCAUAUUUUCUCAACUUGUCUUUUUGACUUCACAAUAAUCAUUGUUCAGACAUUGUACAUUGUUUUUCUUGUUUUUCCCUGUACCCAAACUAAGGUUCUGACUCAAUUUUUGUCAUAUUCAGCUUGCUUGCCUUUUUCUGAUCAUUUAAAUCACUUUAUUUAUGCUCACUCAGGGCCAAAGGUCAGAGGUCACAGGUCAGCGUGUGCAGUGGCAUCCAUUUUCUGUUGUUUCACUACUUUCAGUUGUUGCAUCAUGCGCUUCUUGGUUUCCAAGAGAAAAUUUAAGGAGAGUCUACGGCCAUAUGAUGUGAUGGACGUGAUUGAGCAGUAUUCUGCUGGACACUUGGACAUGCUGGCCCGCAUCAAGAACCUCCAGUCCAGAGUGGACCAAAUAGUGGGGAGGGGCACACCCAUCACUGACAAGGAUCGACCCAAACCAAAUGAAGAGAUGCCAGAGGACCCCAGUAUGAUGGGACGUCUGGGGAAGGUGGAAAAACAGGUUUUGUCAAUGGAACGGAAGCUAGACUUCCUGGUGAAUAUCUACAUUCAGAGAAUGGGGAUUCCCCAGUCUGAGACAGAUGCCUACUUCAGAUCUAAAGAACCAGACCCAGCACCUCCAUACCACAGCCCUGUGGGCCAUUUGGAGAAGAGCCAAUCUGUGCCCAAGAUACUCCAGGUUAAUCCAGGUGAAAAUGUGUCAUCUUCGCGAUAUGUUUCAAAAAUGGUUCGUUCUAGUAGCUCCACAGCUCAGCGCAGCUGCCCAGCACCAUCUUGCCCACCCUCUACAUCCUGGCAGCCAAUCAGCGGCCAUUUACAGCAUGCUCCACCCCCUUGGCCACGCAGCCAUGGUAACACUCCAAGUCCAGUAAACGACUCACUGGUGAGGCUCCCUCCGCCUCCUGCAAACACAGGGUCUCGAACACACCGCGACCGCAGCGAGAGGGGUGGAGUCAGCGGUGACGAGCAGAAACCUGACAGCGAAUCAUCUGUGUCUAUUCCCUCUGUGGAUCAUGAGGAAUUGGAGCGCUCUUUCAGCAGCUUCUCCAUAUCCCCGUCGCGGCCGCGUUGCGCCACAGUCCGGCCCUACAUCGCAGAGGCUGAGUCCGACUCAGAGUCUGAACUGUGCCCAGCUUCCAGACCUGCCGAGGGAAGACUGACAGAUGAGACCAGAACACACUGAACUAGUGAAGGACACCAGUCUAAUGUAGCAAACAACCUUUUGGAUUUAAUCCUCUGCCCUAAAACAAUGAUGUGCCCCUUUUAAGGCUUUCUUUACUGCAUUCCAGUCAUCUAUUAAGUCACAGUACUCUGCAACUCUGAACUCUGCAAGACACCUUUUUUUUUUACCUUGUUGUGUCAGAAGUACUGUAUUUUAGUAUCUGGAUAUAAGCCUACAGAGUUCCUGCCAAAUGUUUCUUACAGAAAAAACAAACAAACUAAACAUUUUAAAUUUGUAAGAAGAAACACCAGUUCCUGUUGACAAUCUUUUUUUUUCAGUCAAAAUGUGGCACACUGUUCAUACAGACCAUCUAUCAGAAUGGAUCACCUUCCCUAGACCAGCACAAUUUAUUGCCAACUGUGUAAUUUCAACUAUUGAUUUAUUUUUAAUUAAAACAGUUGGAAGAUACGUUCUUAUUAAAGCCAUAAUUUCUGAACUCAGUAGCAAAUAUGAUAACUCUUGGUCUGUUCAAAAGAUUUUACUGAAUAUGGACAUAAACUCAACUGAACUAAAGCAUCGUAUGUGGGCUGUACUUACUAAUAAACGGUAAAGUUAUCCUGUUCCCAGAGAGCAUGUGGACUGUGGGCCACUGAAUCAAUUCAAUUUAAGCUUAUAAUCCAAAUGCUGAGAAAAUGAUGUGUUUAAGAUUUAAGAUGAGAACUAGACAACAUAAAAAGUAUUUAAAUUAUCUGUAUUAUUAUUCAGCAUUUAACUCUUAUAGCAUGAAAAUAGCAUAGAAUUAUAAUGAAAAAUUACAUUUACAAUACACCGCAAUAUAUCUUCUGAAAACACAAAUAGCCUAAUCUUUAUAGGAGUGAGAGCAUUCAAAGAGUGCACUCCCAAUGUAGUCCAAACCCACAGCAACCUUUCACUAUGUUUACAGCUGAAUUACUCUGAAAUCAGGUUAACAAAAUCAGUUAUAUAAGCAUGCACUAUGUGUUUGCUAAAACUUAGAAGUACACUUGCACAUACACAGUAAUUGAGAAUAUUUUUAUUUCCAUUAAAUGCCUGUGGUCCAAUUUUUAGACAUGAUAAACAUCCGGUGGUUCAAGGAAUAGAACCUUUUGACUGUAGUUUGAUCAGAAGUUUAUUCCAGGCUUAAACCGGCUUUGCUAAGCAGUGUGCAGCACCACCACUGUUGAUGGUUAUGUUUAAAACACAUCUUCACUUGGUCAAGAACUCCUUAGCCUUAUCACUGCCCGGUCAACACCCAGUGUUCAAAUCUACCACUCAAAUGUAACACAGCUAGAUUAAAAUGUGAGGAAAGGCUCUGAACCAAAGCUUUGUGUUUUAACUGUCCAAAGAAAAGCCACUCUGUCAUGCAAGAACCCAGUGAUGGUGUUGACCAUUGUACCAAUCUUCAUUACUUGUAAUCACACAUGUAAUCCGAUUUACAUUAAAACAUCAACCCUUU